AUGGGUCGGAAGCGUACUGCAGAAGACUAUUUCCAAGCAGCCGAAGCCAAUGGCUGGGUCGCUGGAGCGCACGAGGAGAAAGAUCGUGUGGUCCAGAAAGAGGCGGAACCCUCUGGCAGAUAUCGAAUGAAUCAGCAAGAGGCACUGGAUCAGUGGGUCAUAUUUAUGUCACACAAAGGGAUGUCUGCUGCAGAGUGUCUACAGGAAGGAUGUCCUCCCCCUAGCAACGUGUUUGUUAAAGACUUCGCGCGAUGGUACUGCAAGUCUCGUCGAGGUCGGCUAGAUGAAUUACCCAACGAUACCUCAGUCAGAAACACCGUGAAGAAAUUUUUCAGCGGAUUCUCAAGGAUGACAGGAACAAAGAUACCAGAUGAGCUAAGGCUAGAUGUCUAUACAUUUGUCCGAGAUACCUUGAUCAAGGAGGGUUGUUGUACUACGAAGAAGCGGGAGAAACACCUGUUCAAUGAUGAGGAUCUGAACAAUUGCAUCACGUCCCUUUGGACCGAUCCUGAUAUUGCUUUCAUGCAUGAAGAAAUGAGGAGUCAAAUAACGUUCCUUACACACGCCUACAGCUACUCAGGGGCCCGCAUAGGGGCCUUUCUGCACAAAUGUACUGGGGAAGUGGAGGGAGCGGACGGCAAGUCCGAGAAUGUCAUCUUCAAGGGAUUAACUUGGAAGGACGUCCAUAUCUACCUCUUCCCUCUCCCAGACGGCACCACAGAGUUGGUCCUCAAGAUCACACAACGUUGGGUCAAGGGCAACAAGGAUCCCGAGAAUCAUGUAAGCGAGGUAACCAUGUACGAAUACCCGCUCCUCAAAUUUGAUUGCACGGCGUUCCUUCUUCGCAUGGCUUUUAGGGAUUCCGUGCUGCUCGGUAUCAGCUCCCCAGCCCAGCUGUGGGAGCAGCGCGUACCGGAAGACGAGCCAAUGAUGGAACUCCGAAAGGAUCCAUCUAAAUUGGAUAUCCCAGUCUUGCGGACAGCCACGAGACACGGAGGUCUCUCUGAUCGCAUGCUGGACGAGUCGACAUUCAGAUACUAUUUUCAGCAGAUGAGCCGGAAUGCAGGUUACUAUGGCGUCCUCACCAUUCACGCCCUGCGGCGCGCCCUGGCGAAUGCUGUCGAUAAAAUCGCUACCGCUGGAGAGAGAAACAAGCUGCUCGGCUGGGCAUCAUCAGACGUGUGCAACAAACACUACAUUUCUGACAUUGCUGGUGUCGACGGAAUGGGGGCGCUCCUGAAAGGAGAGCAGCGCACUGACCAUAUCAAGAAACUUCGAAGCGUCAGCACCAAGCGAGCAUUGGGCCUUCCGCAGGAGCUACCGGCAGAGAGAAUGGCAGAGUUACUUCGGGAUUCGAAGGCAUGCAGCCUGCUUCAAAGCCUCCGCGAGCUCCGGAAAGCUGGUGCACCCCAGAGGGAUAUCCAGCACGCAGAAUCAAAGUUUAACACCUAUCGGCAUUGGCUUAAGAACCGACUCCUUGAACAGUGCAAAGCAGACUGGCUUGAGCACAGAUACAAAAGCAUCAUCGAAACGCGGGGAAGGAUCUCGCAGGACCGGUCAACAGCCGCCAGCCGGGCAGAGACCCUUUUCCGCAUCAUGCCGGAGCGUGCUCGUCUGGCCACGAUGAUCAAGUCCACGGAACCUCGGACCAGGGAGCAGAAGCUACAGUGCGUGCAGGACUUGCUGUCGCUCACCACAAGGAGCUUCGAAGUCAUGUACCGUCCUGGUGAGGAGCCUGUCGAUGGAGCCUGCCCGGUGUGUCGAUCGAACUUACCGGAGGCGAAGUGGAGCCGAGCCGACCACAUUCACACCUGCCGCCGCAAAGAAUAUAUAGCGGCCGUCGCGGCGGAAAAGACGGUUCGAGUGGAAUACUGCUUCCUCUGCUUCAAAUGGUUCCACGGCGACACCACGUGGGAGGAGCAUUGCCGCGGCCAUCUCGACACCUUUAAGCCCACAUGGUGUGCGAUACGUGUGUACUGUCACACUCUGAUCAGUCCAGCCUUCUGCCCCUGGUGUCUCGUAGAUGAGAGCCUUCCAGCCGCUGGCAGGCUCAAGCAGUGGACCCGGAACUGCACUCUGAUGGCGCACGUGGAGAAUGAGCACGUCAGAAAGAUUCGCUCCUGGCCAGGAUUCUGCGGCUGCGGCACCGAGAAGGGAGACGCAGUGUCCCUUCGCUAUCAUCUGAGCGAUGUUCAUGGCCUAUGGAAGGCCGAAGGGAGGAGAUUCGGCGCAAAUGCGCCUGCCCAAGACGACGUAGAUCCUACCGAAAUGGCCCCGAUUCUGGGUCAAGAGGUUGAAGAGGAGUCGAGACCACGUCGGAAGAGAAAGCUCGCGAAAACAGCUUCUAAGUUCAUUGAAUGCUCUCCUAUCGGUAAGCCUGGGUGUGAAAUUCUGCCGCCCAGUCCAGCGCCGGUACUACCGCACAGGACGAAGCGAUCCAAGGGGAGGAAAUCGGAUUGGGGGUCAAAGACCACAGGGUUGACCUUUGUUGAGUGGUCCCCGUGUACCAGGUCAAAUACCCCCAACCCGUCUAGCGGCCGGGAUAAGGGCCUUUGUAGGGAUCAGCCUCUGGUCCCGACAUCACCGUCAUCUCACUGUUAUCCCGAACUUGAUGAUGGCAGUCACAGCAUGGCCUUGACCAACCACCAUGCAGAGGGAUUCGACGGUCAUGCAUCGCCUGAGCAGCUGUUCCCAGAGAGCGGUCGACCGGACGGCUUCGGUGACAGGACUCCCAUGCAGGACGUCUUUUGGCUGGACGAUGAUAGCGGAAGGGUAGGCAGCACUGCCAACAUUACCUCCGACUCUACGCCCACCGCCAACAACAGCCCUGGCGUAGUCCAGGACUACUUGGACCCAGCUUUGUUCAGCUCGGAGAGCCUGCUAUCUGACCCGCCGUCCUCCGAGUAUUUCAGGGUAGUGGAACCGCUCAGCGAGACCGAAUCAAAGCAGCAGGGUCGUCAGACUAAUCCUCUAUUGGAAUAUCUUGAAUAUGACGCGGGAAUGAUAGCGGCAGAAGCCCGAGAAGGGUUCGAGAGCGCAAGUGAGCCUUUAACUGAACGUUUCUACUCAUCUCGGCCGGAGAGCAUUAAUUGUGAUGCGGCCACCGACUGCUGUGAUUCUGUCACGUCACCCCAGUCUUUGCCAUCACUCUCCGUUCUGAUCAAUGCAACAUCGUCACAUACUACCCACUCAGGUGCCGAAAAUCGCUGCGAACACGCGCCCUUCAAACACUCUCCGCAAGAUGCGAGCCGUAAGGAAACGUCAUGGUGGUCGAUCGAGCGUUGCGAUACGGCCGCUAACGACUGUGAUUCCAUCAAAUCAACCGACUCUUUGCCAUCACUUUCCAUUCUGAUCAACACAGCAUCGUCACAGACCACUAACUUGGCUGUGGAGAUUGGCUGCGAACGUAGGGAAUCAGCCGACAGGGCUACUAAGCGAAGUAUGUCAGGCGAAAAGUGCUCAAGAUGUGGAGUCGUCAAUUCAGGACAGACAAUGGGCCAUCGACGAAAUAAAUGUUGUGGAUGCUGGGAUAUCGAGCUCGCCUCAAUGAAGAAGGAAUGGCGGCAACGCUCAUACCCAACAAUCAGCUGGGGUACUUUUUCCGACCGUCUACGGAACUACGUUCCAUUUCUUGUCGAUGUUCUCAGUGGCCGCUUCCGAACACCAUUUCGGCAGCGUUAUGAGGAGCACAUGCAAGACUUAAAGGGUUAUGGUACAGAGAUGACUAGGAGUGGCUAUUACGGACCUCGAGGAGAAUCUCUCAUCACUGAAUUCAUUUUGUUUGAGCUGAAAGAGCCACUGCAAAGGGCCCGCCAAGAAGGAUUGAUAGUCAACCAUUCGAUUCCCGAUUAUGUCCUCUUCGUCCUCACCCCCAGCACAGCUCUGCGACUCAUCAUGGAUGAUAUGUCACUUGGAAUCAUUGAGGCUCACCAGGUAAUGAUGGAAAGUGCUAGGAUGGGAUUGUUUUUCAACGAGAAUGAUGUCUAG